CACUGUGCCGUUCGGAGGUUGGUGAUGAAUGACGGUGCCAAGUACAGACCUGGACCCGAACCUGAGGAGACAGAGGUAGAGAGAGAGAGGUAGACAGAUAGAGAGAGAGAGAGAGAGAGAGAGAGGGGGGGGGGGGUAGACAGAUAUAAAUAUAUAUAUAUAGACAUACAUAGAAAGAUAGAGAGAGAGAGAGAGAGAGAGAGGAAGAGAGAGAGAGAACAUCAGUUGAGGGAGAGAAAGAAAGAGAGCGCGCAUACUUUGCGGAGAGCCGCGUGACCGGUGAGAGAUCAUCCCGGGAUUGGUUGUGAUUUUUUGGGGGGGGGGGUCGGCCUUAUUCCCGCUCACUUCAGUUUGCAGAUGCCGACAGAUGUGCCCGAAGACAAUCUCACCAACGAGAAGAAAGCGACCACGUGCGACAGCAUGACCCUGCCCUGCGCCCCGGCUGUGCGCAGAGGCAGCACGCCGCUGCCCAUCAAGCACCAGCUCAGACGGGAGGAAGCCGUCCACGACGACUGCGAUUGGACUUCGGGGCCCGUCGGCCCAUCCGCCGCGGCCAUCAGCUUCAGCCCGGCGCUGGACGAAUACCCGGCCCAGGCGGCGGAGGGCCGGCCCGACGGGCCGCUGAGGAUCGCCCUGCUGGGCCAGAACGGCGUGGGGAAGUCCUCUCUGGCCGUGGCCCUCGGCGGGGACACGGACCGGACGGCGUCCGUGGACUCCGAAGGGGAGGGUUACGUACGCACGGUCACCGUGGACGACGAGGACAGCACCAUCGUUAUCUUUGACAACUGGAGACAGGACCUCUCGGCUCUGCAGUGCGAGGUCGGUGUUUUGGUGUUUUCGGUGACCGACCGGCGGAGCUUCCACCGAACGGCUCAGCUGAGGCUCCUUCUGAGAGAGACGCAGCCCCUAACCCCCAUCAUCCUCGUGGGCAACAAGAGCGACCUCGUCCGCACGCGCGAGGUCACCGCUCAAGAGGCCAUGUCCAGCGCCGCCCUUUUUAAAUGUCUGUACCUGGAGAUCUCCGCCUCCCUGGACCACCGCACCCCGGAGCUCCUGGAGUGCGCAGUGCGGCUGGCCAGGGGUCAGCCCCCGUGGCCGCCGGGGUCCAGCGCCGAAGACAUGAGCGCCGGGGGGGGCCAGCGGGGGAGCAUCACCUCCCGGGCCAAGCGCUUCCUGUCCAGCCUGGUGCCUCGGUACCCGCGGGAGCGGGAGGUGGGCCGGUUCCUGAGGCAGAAGUCCCGCUCGUGUCACGACCUGGGGGCGCUGUGAUCGCCGCGCGCGCGGGGGGGGGGGGGGUGAUGGGGGUCACAGGAGAGACGACGGAGGAGUUGACGUCCAUCCAUCAUGAGACGAAGCGGCCAAGAUGAGAUACUGUUGUAGAAGACAUGUAAAUAAACUAGAGCACUGACCCAUAGCAACGCGUAGAUCAAUAAAUAAAUUACUUUUUUGGAGUCCUGAGAAAGUCUUUGGCUU